CGUCUCCUCUAUGCCAAGCACUUCUUUUCCCUCACCUCGGGUCACAGAGCUCGCAAGUGCCGCAUCCCACACUUUCGCCUCAACAAGGUGACUCAUGUGAAGUGUUGGCUGACCUUGCGUUCCUACCUGAAGAAGCAGGGGCCCCAACGCUCAGUGGAGAGCAUCAUUACGGCUGCCUUCUACCUAACCUUCUCGCUGGGACUGUUUGUCUGUGCUCAGGUUGAGUUCCACACCGCACCCAGGCUCCCUACGACCCAAUCGAUUGCUGGGCAUGCUGUAGACAAGCGUGUGUACAUGAACGGGCCAGUCCGCACAUGA